UUUUUUUUGAACGGACCACCAAAUGGUCAAGACCAACUCAUCAUGUCGUCUAUAAUUGGAACAAUUAUUCACUGUGUCGGCAGUUUCCUGUGGUUUUGCAGCCAGCCAGUGUAUUUCAUCAGAUACAUCUUCGAGACAAACUACGAGCUCAUAUCUGUGGUGUUUGGUGGCGUUUAUACCUGCUUAGAGUGUUCUGGAAGAGUUUGCUAUCUUCUGAUUUAUGGACUCUUGUCUAUGGUGGAGUACAUUUUAUUCUCUUUUAUGAGUACAAAAGAACCACUUAUGAUAGUCGUGAAUUUCAUAAUAUACCUUUUGAAGAUCAUCAUUCGAGUUCCUGUGUUCAUCGUUCAGGCCCUUCUUUAUGUUCCAGUGUUAGUUACGAGUCUGUCAAACGGCAUUGUGGAGUUGGCUACUUCAAUAACUAACUGCUACAAUGUCUUUUUGAAUUCAGCAAGAGGGCUUCUUCAAACGUCGAAGGUAGUGUUUGAAUAUUUCAAAACUGAAGGAGUAGUUUGGUAUGAUUACCUUGAAACGUUAAGUACACAAUUGCUGACAAUUGUUCAGACCCUGGUUGGUGCUUUGGCUCAAUUGAUUUAUGUUCUAUGGGAUGUGUUAAUUACACUACUAGCUACUGUUGGGGCUGCGACUUGCCAUUGUGGAGAUGCUUUGUGUAGCGUUCUUGGAAACUCAGCAACAUUCAUCGUGAACUAUGUCACCAAAAUAUGUAAGCAUCUCAAUGAGGAAGUCAUUAUUGCAUUUAGUUCCUUUUCCGAUUUACUUUUGACUUCCCUCGAGUUGGUGUCAUACAUGGUAAUUUUUGCAGCGGUUAUUAUUCUCCUCGUCACUGUUUCCGUGAAAGUUUAUUUAAUGUACAGCAAUGCAGUGAACUCCGCAAACAGUUUGAUGAGUUUUUUCCGCAGUAGUUUGUUAUUCGGCAGUGGCGGGGACAACAUGCAGCAGCGUCAUCCAGCACCGCCGGUCAGACCUGAAAGAUUUCCCCAGGAGGGGAACCUGUCAGACGCGGAGGCAGACGAUUCGCUGAUGAAUAACGUUAGGAAUAGAGUCUUGAGACGACCUCAAGAAAGGCAUCGUGAGGAACCGGGACUUCAUCCUUCACAGUCGUCUCAAGUAAACACCCAGACUCGCAAUUAUGAGGAACAUCGUCCAGGUUCUUCCAGUGAACAUUCUCGGACGCAAACAACUCGACCGUCUCACUCGUCAACAAUAAAUCGACUAACUGAUGCAGCAAAACUUGCUAAACAGCUCGAAGAGGAACGCGAUCGACUGCUUUGUGUUGUCUGCCAAGACAAAGUUAAGAACAUGUUGAUUUUGCCUUGUAAGCAUCUCUGCGUUUGUGAAGAUUGUGUGGAUGGGAUUUUAAAUCGUGGUUCAAAGAAGUGUCCCUUGUGUAGAGGACGGAUUUCCAGCUACUUGGAAGUCUAUGCAUGAAGAGAAGAGAUUUUCGGAAAGUAAGCUUGAACAAAAUUGUAAAAUUGUAACAUUGUGCUGCUAUAAGAACCAGGCCUCGGCGGGUUUAAGCCACUAGUUGAA